GUCGUUGACUAUGGCAGCCUAGACGUGCAGCACGAGUCUGCAGUCUCCCGCCCGCAGUUUGUUGAUUUUGGCCGGCGAGUCUUCGAGGGUGCGACUGUUUGAUGCCCAUUUCCUCGACGUGUCUCUGAUACCUGCCUUUCCGUUGCCAUGGGUGCCUAUUUGUCAGAGCCCCUGACGGAGAAGACGUCCAGCGACGAGUCCAACGAGUACUUGCAGUGCGGCCUGAGUUCCAUGCAGGGCUGGCGCAUGACGCAGGAGGACGCCCACAAUGCAGUAUUAAAUUUUGACGAUGGAACAUCAUUGUUUGCGGUCUACGAUGGGCACGGAGGGCAUGAAGUCGCUGCAUAUUGUGCAGAAAAUUUUCCAAAAUUUUUGAAAGAGGUUGAAGAGUAUAAAAAUGGUGACUUUUUGGAGGCUCUCAAACAAGCCUUUUUAGGGUUCGACAAUACACUCACAAAGCCAGAAAUCAUUUCUGUUCUUAAAAUGUUAGCAAAUAACAAAGAGGAAGGCCAAUCUUCAGAUGAAGAAGAGGAAGAAGUAAGCAAUCUUGAAGAAGAAGCUUGUAUGCCGAUAGAGGAACUUCUUGCCAAGUACAAAAGUGAAGGAGGACUUGCUAUCAAAAGAUUGAAAGACGGGACCCAACCUGCAUCACCUUACUUGAAAGCUAGGAGAGGAAAUAGUUCUGGUGCUGGUUGUUCAAGCUCAUCAGAUGAAGGUUCCAGCUCUGGUGCUGGUUGUAGUUCAUCAUCCAAUAGUGACCAAGUUUCCAGCUCCUCUGCUAAUGUUUCAGCUGGGCCCUCCAAUUCUAACGAAGUAAACUCCAGUGAUGAUGUACCAGAUACCCAAACAGCUAGCCCUGAUGUAGGCUCUUCAGGUGAUGUCAAAGAGAAAGAAGAGAAAGAUGUUGGUUCAUCGUCAGGUGAUGCGGAAGUGAAAACAGAGGUUAAAGCUGAAGUUAAGAGUGAAAAAGAUACGGACUCAAGUGUGUCCAGUGGCAGUGGUGGAAGUGGUGCUCAACAGAAUGGUGCUGUUGAUAGCACUGAUAAAAAGGGUGUAAAUGGUGAUGUCAACCAUGAUAUCAAACAGGAGGAGUCAGAUAGCAGAAAUGAUGCAGUCUCGUCAAGUUCUCCCUCUAAAGAUGGAGCAGUAAAUGGUGAAGUUACCCCUAGCCAAGAGAAGAGGGUGAAAGGGAAGGGAAAGGCUAAGGAUAAGUCUCCUCGUCCAGAUCCUGAAGCUGACGAAUCUCCCAAGCAAUCCAAGCCAGUACGAACAACCAGAAUUAGCACUUUACAAAUGUACCGCAGUAUCCUUAAAGCACAAAAAGACAUGGAAGAUGAAGAUUCAGAGGACACAGAAGAUGAGGAUGAUACCACUUUUGAUGGUGGUGUAGCAGAAAGCAGUGAUGAAGAUGUGGACGGGGAGGAGGAAGAGGAUGAUGACGAGGAAGAUGAGGACGAUGAUGAAGACGACGAUGACGAUAGUGUGGAUGAGGAAGAUGAGGAUUGUGACUUUGCUAUGGGCUUAAAAGAAGAGCCCGGUGCCGAUAGUGGAUGCACUGCUGUUGUUGCCCUCCUUAAAGGCAGAGACUUAUAUGUUGCAAAUGCUGGUGAUUCCCGAUGUGUUGUGUGUCGCAAUGGAACGGCUGUUGAGAUGAGUCUGGAUCAUAAGCCAGAGGAUGCCUCAGAGUGGCAACGUAUUACUAACGCUGGUGGAAAAGUUACUUGUGAUGGAAGAGUAAAUGGAGGACUCAACCUUUCUCGUGCUAUAGGUGAUCAUGCUUACAAGCAAAAUAAGGAGAAAGAAGCAACUGAGCAGAUGAUCACAGCUCUACCAGAUAUCAAAACUCUAAGAAUCAAUCCUGAUGUUGAUGAGUUCAUGGUGUUGGCUUGUGAUGGUAUCUGGAACUAUUUGUCCAGUCAGGAUGUGGUUGACUUCGUACGUAAGAGGAUUCAAGAGGGAAAGCUUAAAAUGUCUCAAAUUUGUGAAGAGCUUUUCGACCAUUGUCUUGCACCAAACACUUUAGGUGAUGGAACAGGUUGUGACAAUAUGACAGCUGUCAUAGUGAAGUUCCGGCCUGAAUUGUCGAAGCUUCCAGUCACAUUAACAACUGAUUCUGUGUUUGAUGAACCAAUCAAAAAUGAAAAGAUUGAUAGCGCUGGAGAAGCUGAAGCCAAGCCUGUUAAAGAAGGCAAAGAAGUUCCCAGUGAUGAAGUGAGCACAUCCAACUCCCUCAAAAGGUCUGCCCCAGCUAAUGAUUCUGAAGCAUCAAAUGGAGCAGAACAUCCAGAGAAAAAACUGAAGACAGAGUCAGGAGAUGCUGGCCAGAGUUCUUCAAUAGACUCUGAGGCUGUUGCAGUUGAAGUGUAAUUUAAGUCCAUGGUGAAGUGUUUUAUGGUUACCCUCCUCGAGGCGUAAAUGUAGAAAAGACUGAUCCAGUAGGCCACUGCUGGGCCUAUCUGAUGAAUGACUGUUAAACUUUCAGCACUCAACCUUAAGUUUGUUUGAAGGAAUCCAUUAAGUGGUUUAUUUUUCCUUCUGUUGUGUUGGCAUAUCAACAUGAAAAGAGACAAAUCUCCCACUGUAAAUUUAGAUUAUGUGUAUGUAUGUGUGAGGAUGUGAUAUAUUGAUUGAUUCUGAGUGAUUCUGAAUGAAUGUGAUGAGCGAUAAAUGUAUUCUUAAGUAAACUUGAAUGGAAUCAACCAUAUGCAAGGCUUGUUGAAGUUCCCUGUUAAUUUUAUCUCUCUAGAAUUUUCCAAUCAUUCUUAUACUUCAAAAGGGGCAAAGUAUCUUUUAAUUUUUCUGAUAUUGAAAUCAGGUUGCUGCUACCUUUAAUCUGGCCUCUUUUUUUUUUUGACAUCUUUUUUCUGUUUGUUCAAUUCGUAAAACAGUUUUCCAUUGGCAUACCAAUAUUUGGUAGCCAUCUAGAUGGUUUGUCGAAGUGCUUUGCCCUGAUCCUGGUGACCAAGUACUCUUCUUGCACUGCAGUUAAUGUUGCACAUCUUUGGAUCAUACACAUGUAACUUUGUUAUUGUAUGCCAUCUGAUCAUUGUGUGUAAUUCUGCCUUGCCUGUUACUUCUUAUUUAUUUGUUUUAUCAUUCACCUUCUUGUGAAGUGAAUGAUUUAUUUUUUUGUGCCAAGGAAAAAGUGAUAACAAUUAUGUUUUUUGUUUGUAUUUGUGUACACCUCUUUGGCCGUUUGAGUGGGCAGUGUCACUUUGACCAUGAUCAUUGUAAUUUGUUCCUACAGUGAUAGGGUGCUCUUUAGCAGAUAAAUUUCUGUCCUUGCUGCAUUCUUAUAAUGCAGUUGUGAAUGUUUAGACACUCCAUUGGAGGUAUUUUGUGUGUACCAUAGUGCUAGCUUGUCUUUUUCAGACAUUAAUUUGCUUUCACCCUCCUUUCCCUUAUUGCAGUUAAACUUAUUUCCCAGUGCAGCAGGCAUUGUCUUUUUAGGUAAAGCUGUUCCUUUUUACUCGGUGAAUUUUUAUUUUAUUAAUUGUAGACUCCCUGUAUGUUUUUCUUGCUGAAUGCUUUGUGUAUCUUGCAGUGCUGUGCUGUUGGUGUUUUCCUUCAGUGUAAAUGUCCAUUCCAAAUUUGACAGGUAGUCUUUUUAAAGAAAAAACAACAAAAAAAAAAACAAGUGUCAAAUGAUGCAGUAAAGGCAUUUUCAAACUC